AUGAUAUCGAAACCAGCGCCGGAAUGGGAAGCUACAGCGGUUGUUAACGGUGAAAUUACACAACUUAAGUUGUCAAGCUUUAAAGGAAAAUAUUUGGUGUUUUUCUUCUAUCCUCUUGACUUUACUUUUGUUUGCCCAACUGAAAUUUUGGCUUUCUCUGAAAGAAUAGAAGAAUUCAAAAAAAUUAAUACUGAAGUAGUGGCCUGUUCAGUUGACUCACAUUUCACACAUUUGGCCUGGAUAAAUACUCCACGCAAAGAAGGAGGACUGGGGAAAAUUAAUAUCCCAUUAUUGAGUGAUUUAACUCAUUCUAUUGCUAAGGAUUAUGGUGUUUACUUAGAAGAUCUGGGACACACAUUAAGAGGAUUGUUUAUUAUUGAUGAUAAAGGUGUCCUAAGGCAGAUUACAAUGAAUGAUUUACCUGUGGGUCGAUCUGUUGAUGAAACUUUGAGAUUAGUGCAAGCAUUCCAAUACACAGAUAAGAAUGGUGAAGUGUGUCCUGCUGGUUGGAAACCUGGUCAAGACACAAUAAUACCAAAUCCAGCUGAAAAGAAAAAAUACUUUGAGAAGGUUGCUAAAAAUUAA